AUGGAAGAUCUUUUUGAACAAGAUGGUUUCGUCACUGUGAGACAACCCGAGCUGUCAAAACAGCAAGAGCAACAGGAAACCGCAUUUGAUGAUGAACCGCUAUUUGUGACCGAGGAUGCAUUUGAGGAGAAUAAUACGGAGUCUCAGUUUCCAACCACCGAACCUAUAUCAAAUACACAAUAUGACCCAUUGGAAAUGAGUAUUCAGGUAAAUAGCAAUAGUACAGGAGGCAACGGCAAAGAAGAAGACGACAUCCUAGGGUUUGAUAAUGUCAAUAUUAAAACUCGAAGAAAAGUGGUUUCUUUAUCGGAAGAUCAACUCCUAUCAAACCAUGGGUUACCAUAUAUCAAAAGAAAUCUUGAAAAAAGAGUCAAGUUCCAAUCUUCCACUAGAAUCUCCAAAUCUACCAACAAGAAACACGUAUCGUUUACCACGGAGUACGAUAAUGCCACAAAAUUAUUGCAAUUCUAUCAAUUAUGGGCCCAUAAGGUUUUCCCAAAGGCCAAUUUUGAAAAUUUCUUGCAGAUCUGUUACACCAAGCAUUCGCUUUCCAAGGGAAGGGUAUUAAGUUACAGACGGCAGUGCAUUAGUGACGAGCAAGACCGAUUAUUUAAUCGCCAUAUGGAGGAGAAUCAGGCUCUUGUAAGUGAAGAAGGAAUAGCGAAUCAAGAAACUAAUAACGUUAGUCAUGCUAAUGAUGAUGGUAGCAGUGAGAAGAGAAAAGAUGAUGGUCCGAAUAGCACAAACAAUGACAACGCCUUUAGUGAUACUGAGAUGAAUAAUGUUGUAAUAAGACGCUCGAAUGGAUUAUUUGUUCAAGAAAGUGAUGAUGAAGGUGAUGAUAGACAAUCCAUUACACCUCCUUUAACUGGCACUACUGGUAAUAAUGAUAAUGAAAAUUUACGAGAGCGUGAAGGCACACAAGAGAAAAAGAAGACCAGAUCUAAUGGUCUUUUUGUGGAUGAUGAUGAUGAUGAUGAUGAUGAUGGAGGAGCUAUUUCUCGUGAAGUACAAACCACACAUGGUAAUAGUGUAGCAGCCCCUCCAGAGAAUUUGAUAAUUUCGACGAGUGAAACCCAGCAGUCACAUUCAGCUCCCAAACCUGCUGCUAAUGAUGCUGACGACUUUGAUGAUGACUUUGACGAUGACGAACUUAUUUCACAGCUCGAUGAAAAAUCAAAACUGAAGGCUACAUCUCUGGCCCCAGAACAUCCUGAUGAUAUGACUAUGUUCGAUGAAGAUCAAGUAGAUGAAGAUGAAAUGGCAGUCCUUAGAGAAAUGGGUUUAUAA